AUGUCUACAUCUACAAAUUCUAAACCAACGACACCAGUAGUAGCAUCAACAUUAGAAACUGAAACAACAGGACCAUUUACUAUCAACGAAAGUGAUAUAUAUUUUGAAAAAGAUGUAUUUUCUCAUACACUUAAAUAUACAACAGGGUUUGGAGCUUUUGGGUUAUUAAUCUCAGCGGUACAGAAUGCACUAUCUAGACAUGAAUAUGGAGCAACUGGUGUCAUUACUAGAACAGGAAAAACUAUUACAGGAUAUGCUUUAAUAGGAGGUAUCUUUGCGGGAACGGAAUCCAUACUUGCGAAUGCUCGUAAAACUGAUGAUUGGGUCAAUGGAGCCGUUGCAGGAUGUACGGCAGGAUUAACAGCAGGAAUAAGAGCACGUUCAUACCCGGUUGCGUUCGGAGCUUGUUUCGGAAUGGCAACUGUUAUGUCCGUAUAUGAAUGGGCUGGACAAUGGAAAGGGUUAACUCUUGGAAUGACAGAUGUUAGUAUUUCUUUAAAUAUAAUGGAAAGGGGUAUUCUGGUGAAUCAAAUGUUUCGUGAGUGA